AUGGAUCCAGGCCAAGUUACCAACACACAGCCUCAAGGUAUUGGAGUCCUUCCUUCAGCUCAUAUGAAAAAAUUCAAAAUCGUAUUUUUAGGAGACUUAGGGGUAGGGAAAACUUCAAUAAUAAACCAAUUUAUGUAUGGGACUUUCGAUCCUAACCAUCAGCCAACGAUAGGCAUCGAUUUUUUAUCGAAAACAAUGUAUAUUGAUGACAGAACUUUUCGAUUGCAGCUUUGGGAUACUGCAGGACAAGAAAGAUUUCGCUCGCUGAUCCCUAAUUAUAUCAGAGACUGCACUGUUGCUGUUAUUGUUUUUGAUAUUACUCAGAGAUCAAGUUUUUUAAGCUUACUCACCUUUUUAAUAGAAAAGAAGCAUCUGUUCCAGGUUUAAUAUAUUAAAUCUUAUGCAAAAAGUGCUAAUUUUGGUAAAAUAGUGUUUUAUUUGCUCUUCCACAUUAAAAGAAAUAGUUAAUAGUUAAAUUUUUCAUUUUUCCAGAUUAAUUGGUUAUCAAAACUACAUGCAUAGAAAUUAAAUUAAAAUUCUGUUGGAAUCUAAAGAUUUAUUUUGUCCCUAUUUAGAAGGGGCAGAUAGAUAAAUGGGUAGAAGAUGUCAAAACUGAAAGAGGCGGGGACGUAGUAAUUGCUAUUGUUGCCAAUAAAAGUGAUUUACUCGAAAAAAGAGCUGUCAGCUAUGAAGAAGCUGAAGAAAAAGCUAAAAACUUAAAUGUUUUAUUUGUUGAAGUCAGCGCAAAGACAGGAAAUAAUGUUAAACUUCUCUUUGGGACGCUAUCUAAAUAUUUGCCUGGGAUGCAAGACAUUUCUAUGUCAAAUGCAGCAGAGUUUGGAGGAAAUGGAUUUAAGCUGGAGCCAACUCCUCAACCGAAGGAAAAAGCAGAUAAAUGCAAAUGUUAA